AUGAGCUCCGAGAAGCAGAAUGGCAUCGUCAACCGCGGGCCCAUAGCGAACACCACCACACAAUCACCCAGGUGGGCGGGAAUUGACAAUGGUACAACAAGGAUCGCAGCAUCUUUGGCCUCCAAUGGGUCCUCUACCCGUCGAAGAGAGGCUCGAAUGGAUGAACUAGGCGUCGAGAACGGACACUCGCCCGAAGAUGUCGCAACACCAGUCAAGGCUUUCUUGAGCUCCAACAUAACACCUCGGUCAGGUUCCAGAAAGGCAAGAGUUGAAAGCGCGUCAUCAACGCCGAAUAGAACUUCAAGUGGGACCCCCAGCACUACAAGACCGGUCUCUUCCAUCGAGAGGCGUGAGAAAACCCCAGAGGGUUCGCGGGCUACAAGUGGGCUGGGGCUAAGGAUUUCAACUUCUGGGCGGAGGUCAAGAGCAUCAAGUGUGAUCAGCGAUGGGUUGGGGUCCUCGAUCUCGCCCCGGCCACCUCUGUUGGAGCGAAAAGGUUCAGCAACGAGGACGACUAGCCCAGAGAGCUCGCCAAUGUUUGUGUAUGCGAACGACGUCAAAGCGAGUAUGCCAUCAAAGCCUACAGCGGGUAGAUCAUUGUCAAAAGGGCCAUUGCCAGGAUACGGGCAGUCCAAGGACGGGAACAUCUCAAAUGGAAGGGAUUCAUCUAUGAGCAACAGCCCUACCCUCGACGAGCAAAAGCCUAAGUUUUUCUACGCCAAUGAUCCCUCCAAUGAUUCAAAACCGCCUCCUCGGCUUUCCAACGGUGUCUCCUCUCACAGGCCACCACUUCAGACCAUCUACAGCGCGCACACGGCCUCAAGCCCUCCAAGGGCGGCUUCGCCACUCAAAGAGGAAUUUCUGCCUCGCAAGUCUUCUGUCAACAAGCCUUCGCCUCGACGCCAUACUCGGUUGGUCUCAAACGGUGGCACUGAGAUCAAGCCAUCAGAGACAACUUCUGGCAUUACGAACAUUGCGCGGAGAGCUAGCACCAAUUCACCCAGACAAUCACCCAGAGAAGCUCGUGUCAGUUCACAUUCAAGGUCCUCCAGCGCACAGUCAGCUGGGCCAAGCCCGCGUCGAAGAUCAAGCGUAGUCCUUUCGAACAUGAGUCCAGUAGCAGCUGAACGGACUAGAACUACUUCUAUCGUCGGGUCGAAUGGCGCACUACCACACAGUGUGAAUCCUCCAGCUGCCGUCCAAGAACUCCCUUCGACUCAGCUCCCAGCGCAACCACAGAGCCCAACGAGACCCUCAGCUGUUGGCCAGAGCAAGAUUGACCAGAUGAACGAGCUAGCUGCCAAGGCUCGCCGUGAACGAAAGGUCCUCGAUCUCGAAAUCAGCAACUCAUCUCUCUUGGCUAUCAACCGCGCCCUUGAGCGCGAGAUGCGCAAGCAGAACGCCGAGCUGCGUCGUUACCGCCGGCUCAGCCGUUCUGGACGCCUGUCGGUGGCGCCUGCGUCAAAAUCUGCCUCUGGGAAGAUGUCUUUCUUGUCCGAAAGCGCUGAUGAUUCAGCCGGUGAGACGUCGCCACUAGACUCUGACAACGGAGAAAAUGACCAUGAAGACACCUUAUCCGACAUCUCUCCCCCCUCCGGCGCCAGCUCGCGCCCUUCUUCCCCCACAUCCCGAGCAGGCCGCACUCGCUUUCAAGACCCCAAGCGGCCCGAACUUGACCUCGCCGCCCAACGCGCCCUCCUCCUCGACGGCCAAAUACUCAACCAAUCAAUAAAACGCUGUCUCGCGCAAACCGAAUCCCUCAUAGCCUCCGGCAAAACAGCGCUCGAAUACCAGGCCCGAGCCCCAACACCUGAAAAUCUUGGUGCUCGAGUUUUAACGCCCGACGACACUGAAGAGGCGAUGUUCGGACAAGGUCAGGGAUUAUUAAGCCCGAGUUCAUGGACCGGCGGCAAUCCAUUCGAGCGAAGUCUAGGAAGUCUAGAUGGUGGAUUAGAGACGCCUGAUUAUUCGAAGUGGGGGCCUUCCACGGACGUGCAAACGCCCUUUGCAGAGAUUGGCGACCUCAUGGCGUCAGAUGAGCUUGACGGGGCUACAGCAAUGGACAUCUUGGACGUCUCCGAGAAGACCGAGGAUUAUGGCAUUGAUGCAGCAGCAACGGACCUUCUUGACGGAGAAGGAAACCUCGACGGCAAGCCCAACCUCAAUGAGCGCCGUAGCGAUGGCGAAAUCUCUCUCGAUGGCAUAGACGACAGCCUUGAUAGCUCAUCCCCUGACGACGAACCUUACCAGCACGACUCGCCAUCACGAGAAGGUCCACCUCUGCAACCGCCUUCUGAAGAAGAAGACUUUUCUCGUCCAUCGAGCCCAUCUAGAAUACUGAACGCCAUGAGACCUCCUGAUACCAAGUCCGACAUACCUGGAAAUGUCCCUGGAAAUAGGGGUAGCAUGCAAAAUCUCGGGCAUUAUCUGCAGGCGUUUUCGAUCUUUGGGGCAGGGCAAUCGCAGGCUUGA